CUGGUUUAGCUUGAUGAGAGAAAAUGAGAGGAAAACAUAAAUGCCCAAGAACUGAUUUCUCCCCACCUCUGCUUUGAAGAACACCUUUUCCAUGUCAUAGAUUCUUAGUGAUUGUCAUCUUUUCAGAGAGCUCAGAAUGUUUGGUGAAUUACAGAAAGUGAUUCCCCAAGCAUCUUGGCUGUAUGAACUCUUGAGCUGUCAAAGGACUGAGAGGCUUAUGAAGAGGUUCUGCCAGGCAAAACAGUGCUUAGCAAAGACACCAAGGAGGAGGGAAAAGGAGAAAGGGAGGGAGAGAGAGCUGAAACACUAACAAACCAUGAGAUCUAUCCGAUCUUUUGCUAAUGAUGACCGCCAUGUAAUGGUGAAACAUUCAACCAUUUAUCCAUCUCCAGAGGAACUUGAAGCUGUCCAGAACAUGGUAUCAACAGUAGAAUGUGCCCUUAAACAUGUCUCUGACUGGAUGGAUGAAAAGAACAAGUCCACAAAAUGUGAGGGUGAUGUGGAAGCAAAGGAGGAAGCUGCAGAAAGCAAUGCCAAGGAUCAAGGUGGUCGGACGUUGUGUGGUGUUAUGAGAAUUGGCUUGGUUGCAAAGGGCUUGCUGAUAAAAGAUGAUAUGGAUCUGGAGCUGGUUCUCAUGUGCAAAGAAAAACCCACAAAGACCUUGUUAUGUACAGUUAAAGACAAUCUCCCCGCUCAAAUCCAGAAACUUACAGAAGAGAAGUAUCUCGUGGAGGAGCAUGUAAAUGAGGCAGCUAUUAUUAUUCGUAACACAAAGGAGCCCAAGCUAACUUUGAAGGUGAUUCUUACAUCCCCUCUCAUUCGAGAUGAAGCAGAGAAGAAGGAAGGAGUAGAUAAUGUUGCGAUGAAAGAUCCUCCGGACUUAUUGGACAGGCAGAAAUGCCUGGAGGCCUUGGCGUCUCUGCGGCACGCCAAAUGGUUUCAGGCCAGGGCAAAUGGACUAAAAUCAUGUGUAAUUGUCCUUCGUAUUCUGCGGGAUUUGUGCAACAGAGUCCCCACAUGGGCACCACUGAAAGGAUGGCCACUCGAGCUUAUAUGUGAAAAAUCUAUAGGUACUUGUAAUAGACCUUUGGGAGCUGGGGAAGCGUUGCGACGAGUGAUGGAGUGUUUGGCGUCUGGAAUUCUGCUUCCCGGAGGCCCUGGUCUGCAUGACCCCUGUGAACGGGAGCCAACAGAUGCUUUGUCCUACAUGACAGUUCAGCAAAAAGAAGCCAUUACGCACAGUGCUCAGCAUGCCCUCAGAUUAUCAGCCUUUGGUCAGAUCUAUAAGGUUUUGGAAAUGGAUCCCCUCCCAUCAAAUAAGUCAUUUCAGAAAUAUUCCUGGUCAGUAACUGACAAAGAAGCACAUCCAUAUUACAAGGAAAUUUAUACCCUAGGUACAGGCUCAUCUGCUCUUAAGAGACCAUUUGAAGAUAGUGUCGGGGAUGAUAAAGAUCCAAAUAAAAAGAUGAAGCGUAAUCUGAGGAAAAUACUAGAUAGUAAAGCAAUAGAUCUCAUGAAUGCUCUGAUGAGGCUGAACCAAAUCAGGCCAGGGCUUCAGUAUAAGCUGCUGUCACAGUCUGGGCCGGUCCACGCCCCGGUCUUCACAAUGUCUGUAGAUGUUGACGGUACGACGUAUGAAGCGUCAGGACCUUCUAAGAAAACAGCCAAGCUCCAUGUGGCCGUGAAGGUUUUACAAGCGAUGGGGUAUCCAACUGGUUUUGAUGCAGAUGUGGAGUGUAUGAGUUCUGAUGAAAAAUCAGAUACUGAAGGUAAAAAUGAAACAGUGUCUUCAAUCUCAAGCAAUAAUACUGGAAAUUCCACAGCUGACACCUCCGCUACCCUAGAGGUAAGAACUCAGGGUCCUAUACUCACAGCAAGUGGCAAAAACCCAGUGAUGGAGCUCAAUGAAAAAAGAAGAGGUCUGAAGUACGAGCUCAUCUCCGAGACCGGUGGAAGCCACGACAAGCGCUUCGUGAUGGAGGUAGAAGUAGAUGGGCAGAAGUUCAGAGGUGCAGGCCCAAAUAAGAAAGUAGCAAAAGCAAGUGCUGCAUUAGCAGCGCUUGAAAAACUGUUUUCUGGGCCUAAUGCAGCAAACAACAAGAAAAAGAAGAUUCUUCCUCAGACUAAAGGGGUUGUCAAUACAGCUGUUUCUGCAGCAGUCCAGGCUGUUCGAGGCAGAGGACGAGGUGCUUUAACACGAGGGGCAUUUGUCGGGGCAGCUGCUGCUACUGGAUACAUCACACCAGGUUACGGAGCACCGUAUGGGUACAGUACAGCGGCGCCAGCUUACGUAAACAAGUCCAGGAUGGAAGGUUUUCCAGAGGAGGAAGAGGAACAGGAGAAAUCCAGUGAACAAAUUCUAUCUCCUGAUGUAGCCCUACCCAAAAUAGGGAGACUGCUGCAGGCAGUGUAUAGAGCACGCAACUGAAUUUUGGGAGGGAAAGGAGUAACAGUAAUUUCCCCUAAAGGGAUACUAGUAGCUUAUUUCUACAACGCCCACACUAUUCUGGACAACUUGCUUUUACACAGAACAGCAUGGCAAGAAGGGAAAGCAGAUACUGCUUCCACAACCACAUGUUGUAAUGUACAUAUUUCAGGUCACCAGUAGUGGUGUAAGUAGUUAUGACAAAGUAGGUUCAUCUUAUCAGAAAAGCAUAUUUUGACAUUCUAUCCACUUCUAUUUUUUUAAGCUAGAAGGGAGUUAAUUAUAGCACUCAUCUGUUGCGAAAGGAGUAGAGCAGAAGGUAAGUUUUAACUUCAUACUUUGAAGCUGCUAUGAGUUGAUUUAACAGUGUUCCAUGGAAACAACCUGGUGUAAUUAUUUAUUUUCUCUGUGCUCAUUUCUAUGUUCUUAGAAAAGCACAAGCUUGUGUAAGCGUAAUCAAUACAAAGUUACUCAGGGUACUGUGUCAUCUCAGCAGUGGACACUAACUGCAUCUUAAGUCAACAGGCACAUAUAAAUCAAGCUUAAUUAAGAGGAACUGAACAUCUUGGCAGGUUUUGCUUUACUACUGGCACUGUUACAAUUUAAUGAUCUAUGCAUACGGAAAUGUGUGUAUUGCUGCACUCCCAAUAGAACUUGUAGUUCUGUAAGGGCAUCCUGUAAACUAACAAAGUAAAAUGUAGUCAAGUGUAGGAGGGAGAGUAUUCUUCUUUCAUUAUUUCCACAAAGAACUGUUUAUAAGCAUACAGAAAGCGAUACUGCUCAAAGCAGAAUAAUGGUGGGCUGAAGAACAGCAUUCAGGGCAGUACAGCUUUUGAAAAGUUAGUGACUAUAUGAAUUUAAUUAUGAGAAUUCUAAUUUGCUGUACAGGUUAUUUCCUGUGUUUUCAAACUAGUAUCACUGCUUCCCUGCUCAAAAUAACAGGAUAAAGACAAGUGUAGUUUUCUAACAACAUCUAUUGCAUGGGAAUAUACAUAUACUGGAAGAAAAUGGAGGCUGUACUGCAUAGAGCAUAUUCAACUACAGAGCCAUUCUCUGGGCAAUGCUGCACAAUUUAAGAGUGGGUAAACAGGCCUUCAGGGACAACACAACACAGAACAGAUGUUUAAAAAAAAACACCACAGAAAAAAGCCUCGAAGCUUUGUCCAGUCAUACAUUUACUCUUCCCUGAAAAAGGGACAGGUACAUUCACAGGCGCUUAGUGACUUAUUCAUCAGACAUCACAAAGGUCCUUAAGGACAGCUGUUUUAAAGCUAGUCUCCUUUUGGACAGAAAAGGGAGGAAGUUUACUCUGUCUUCCAGUUCCAAAGUGCAGUGUCUUAUUUCUGAUCCUAACCCUAAGUCAAUAUUUAUUGAUCAAACUGACUAAGCUUUUUAGGUCGACAAGCUCUCUACGAAGCAAUUCUGUUCUCUCAAGCCUCUGCAGGGGCCAGCAACUGGUGCUUAACUACUGCUUCCACUCCAGAAUGUCACCCGUCCUCCAGCUGUCCCAGAGCCAUUCUGGGACACUUGCACUUCUAAGAGAGCAACACUGCUGUGGGGGGACUGUCAAAAGCACUGAAACACUACAGCAGAGGAAGUCCCAGUGGGCUGUAUGCUUUUUAACGUCCUGUCCCAUUCUUCGUGACAAAGUUGAGCAUGAAACCUGUACUGCCAAACGUACCAGCCCCUUAAAUGAGGACAUCUUUGGGAAGCAGUCUCAGAAGUGGAGUUUUUGAGGAAAGGCUGGUGUUUUCCAAGUCCCAACUCAUAAGUUGUUGGUUUUUCUUAAAUGGUUGAGUUUCCACCAAAAAUCACCAUGUCAGAUCAAAACAAUUGCUGCUAAUUUGGGCUAAAACAUCCCCCUUGUAUAACCCAAAGUACCACCACCCAUCCAUCCAAAGAAUUGUUAAGCAAAGAAUCCUCAGGAAGCAGAGGCCUGCUAAGAGUCUGCACACUAGACAGCAGACAGGAAAUCUGGCAGUGCAGUGUAAUGUGACUUUUCUGAUGACAAUUACUUCUACAAGACAAGGAAAAGACAGAGGCAGUGCUUUGGGGCAGUGUUUCAUGCUCAGCAAGUUUGUAGAGGGAAGGAAUGCAAUUCUAUAAAUCACUUGUACUGUAUUUCUGUUUCUAGACUUGAAUGAAUUUCACUUUUCCUUUGUGGGUCAGCAUAGUAAACAUUAAAGAAAAGGUCUAUUUUUCUAAAUCUCUUUCACCAAUAGAGGUCUGACCUGCAGCCAACAGAUGGAUUUAUUUAUCCACAGAGGACAGAGCGUUUAUUUUUACACUAAGAUUGGAUAUGGCAUUGAAUAAAAAGAAGUAUGACCUUUUAACUAUCUAAACCUUAAAUACUAUGAACAAAUUCCACAGAUGAGUAAUAUGGUGGACAAUUCCAACUUUCUUCCCAGUAAAUCGCUCUCUGAAGAAGUUACCCAGAAUUAAAGUUCCAAAUGAAGUACAAGAGAUCCUUGUGAUCUUCUUACAGACUACUUUCGAUAUUUAAGAUUUCUCCCAAUUUGUAAUCUGUAAAGAACAAUAAUGAUCAAACUAUUCCUGACCUAAACUGCAAAUAAAGAAACUCUAAAUGGAGUAAUUCGGCAACAACCUGAGCUAUUUAUAGCAUUAAAAAUGUCAUCUGAACACUCAAAUUUUCUUAAUUUGGUCUCAGUUGAGUGGGAAGAAAAAUAACUGCACCCUGAGUUUUAAAUGGAGCUGUAUCUACUCACUAGCCGAAAGAGCCUGCAAAUGUAAAGUAAAUGGAUGCUCUUUGUACAUUCAGUUGCUUCCUCACGUGAUGCUGUACCCUGUACACUUGGCUUCAUUUGGCUUCUGUGUUGUGGUUUGUACGCCAGCCACUGUUACUAACUGUACACAACACUUAGAUCUGCACUGUAAUCUUGGUUCAUUUGCCACUGAUUGUAACCCAAUGCUACAGACUUCUCUGUAUAUAAAACCGUAACCAUGUCCCACUUGCUUCCAAUAGCAUACAAUAAAGGCUUAUCUCUGUAAA